GCCGACCGGUGAAAGUGUACAGCACCAUGUUGUAACAAUGUCAGCAAAGGUUGCAUCUUCGGACAGGGGAGUAGGAUUGACAGAUAAAUCUUCAUCUAGUGACAACAUUGGGAGUCUUUGGACUGAUUUCACACAGAAUGCAGGUUUCCAUGGAAUCAAUAAACUCACACCUGGACAUAACUACAGACUAAGAUGUGUUACAUGGACAGUUGCGGUCCUGGUGAUGUCAGCGUACAUGUCCUAUUCUGUAACGAAGGAGCUGAUGAACUACUACAGAUACCCAGUGAUCACCAACACGAAGGUGGAGGUGCUCGAGGAACUGCCUUUCCCAGCUGUCACCUUCUGCAAUCAGAGUCCGUUCAACCUGAGCAAGGUCAGAGCAGCUGAUCCUCAUCUUGAGACAUACUUCAAUAAAGUCAGUUUGUUGGGCCCAUUUACAGGACCCUUAAACUGGAGCGAACCUGGAUUUGAUCGGCCUAUUUAUCGAGAGAGUCAGACCCUGGACUGGUGGAAAAACAUUCACAUGAGCCCAGAAGAAAUGUUGUACAUGUGUAUGAUGAAUAGUGUUCCAUAUUGGCCUUGUUGGUCGUCGAUGAAACCUGUGUUCACCACUUUAGGCUACUGUUCCACUUUCAACUGGAAUGCUUCUGAUGUAACUAACGUGCGAGUAACUGGAUCAGAAAACAAUCUUCUUCUUUAUGUCAAAGUUGAUCAGUCCAACUAUGCGCUUGGUCAUCAACUUUCAUCUGGGAUAAAGGUUAUCCUGCACGAUCCGCGUAUCCAUCCCGAUGUUGCGGGUACCUCUUUCCUGGCAGCUCCAGGUUCAACAACUAAUGCUGUUGUUCAGAGAUCAACGUACCAGUACUUACCUCCGCCCUACCAGGCCUUCAAGAACCGAACAUGUGUGGACACGCUGGCGCCUUCAUUUAACAACACCCUGCAGUACUUCGACACCUACACAUAUGAAAACUGUCUACGAGAGUGUAUGACAAAGAUAACAUACAACAUAUGUGGCUGUAUCGCAUUUGCCGAUAAUGGAACUAUUGGACAAUAUUGUUCUAUUUAUAACUUGACGAACUGCUAUAAUCCAGUUUAUGGAUUUGUGAUGAGGAAUGCGACGAUUCGGAAAUCGUGUGCUUGUCAACUUCCCUGCUCAUUCGCGACAUAUGAUGUUAAGGUAUCAGCUUCAAAAUACCCAUCAGAUGUCUCUGUGAACAUGCUCCUGUAUCUUAAAAUAGCUCCAGAUGAGGAAUAUGUCAGAGAAAACUAUCUUGAAAUUAGGAUUUUCUAUGAGAACCUGCUGGUUCAUUCGACAGAGCAAACUCCCCAGUACACAACUGAGACUAUCAUUGGUAACCUGGGAGGUCAGAUGGGCAUCUGUCUCGGAGCCAGCAUCCUGACUCUCACAGAACUGGGAGAGUUCCUCCUCAUUCUUUGUGUGACCCUCUUCAGAAGAUGUAAACAUGGCGGCGAAGUCAAGCAUAUCAAACCUACUCAACACUGAAAAAAUACAAUACGUGGCAUUUAGACGAUAUCAUUGAAGACCGGACCGGGUUGACUUGCAACUUCUUUAUUCUUUCAAUGCGAUGUUUCGGUUCAAGUGUUGGUACCGGCAAACUAAGAUUACAUAUAUACUUAGAGAUGACCCAUAACAACAAAGGCACAAAUGAUGACAAAGGAUGGAGCUAAGGGUCUGAUUGCUGAACUGAACUGAACUUUAUUACUUUUAGACCGUGCUCCAUUAAAAGAACAUAUACAUAUACAGUACAAGUACAAACUUCAAAGUACACGCAGUUUUGCAACAUAGUAAAUAAUAGUUCCAGACAUAUAUUAGUAUGCUAUCUAAAUCUUUGCAUUAAAACUUUACACAAGUUACUUUGCACUGUUAGUGACAAAUUUCAAGGCAAAUUCGGAAUGUUGGGAUAUUAACGAAUAUAAAAACGGAUACAGAUAUUCCUCCCUUCUUUAAGAAACGGGCAGAUUAAUAGAUAAUGAAACUUAUCACCGAUACCUCUUGUAUCACAUAAUGGACGUAAUCUAUUUGUUAACUGUAAUUUGUUCCAUCUGCAUUUUUCAAAUGGAAGUCGAUGAUUUGAAGUUCGAAAAUGACCUAUUGGUCAUAGUAAAUCUGUAUAAAUAUGCAUGCAUGCUCGGCCAAGAUAUUUUUGUAUAUAUUCUAUAUUUAUAUGUAUAUGUAUUAUGCUGUUGAAAUAAUGUUGUACCUCUGAUGCCGCUGAUAGCGGCCAUAGUGUAAACAAAGUUCAGUUCAGUUCAGGUAUUAUAUAUUCAUUAUCCAAAAUGUGAAGAUAUGCUUAAAAAUAUGAAUAUGAAAAAAAUUAUUAAUACUUUAUAUGUAGUACAUUUUGAAGUAUUUUCUAUUUCGUUUCUCAAUACCUGUAGAUAUUAAUCAUGAAAUCUUGAGGAAAUAUCAUUAUUUGUCGAGAACCUAGUAAAACCAUUUUGGGUUUGCCAUAUAUAACUGAAACCCAAAUUAUUCGGGUAAUUUUUCACAAAGUCAAUCCAUUCAUGUUUAUAAUGUUCAGAUUCUUAAUUUAAUUUUACCAUUUUAUAUACAAUAUUAGCCAACUUAUUAGAUUUACUUUGUGCAAGUUUGGACCAAGAACUCAAUAUGUAGUUUGUGAUGUCAAUAUAGAAAGGAGACAACCCCGAUACUCCAUAUAACAUUUUGAAAGAUGUAUUUUUUUCAAGACUGGCAAUAUAAGUUUUAGAUAAUGUGACUGUACAUUUUCUGAAACAUAUAAGUUGUUAAAACCCCAAACUCAAGACUCAUAAAACAUAAUUGGCUUUACCGUUGAUUCGAAGAGUUACAAAUGACAUUCUAUGAGUAAGUGAUGAUACCUAAGUUUCCUUGGGUUGCAGUUUGUGCCAGUGCAUUUUGAAAAUAUGUUUUAGUUUUGUAAAAUAACAUCGUCACAUAGCUUAAACACGUCUUUUAGUUUUUCUUUGUGUUGUCAAGUAUAUAUAUAAGAACUUUAGUUUUACUCGAAUGUAUAGCUAUAGCCAAAUUGUUUUGUGUACAGUACUGUGCAAAUAUAUUCAUGGUAUACUUGCGAUCACUAGCAUUGUCUGACAUCAGGAUAGUAUCCUCCGCAUACAGAAGUAUUAUAAACCAUACAGACACAUUUAAAAUACAAUCAUAAUGAGGAAAUAUAAAACCAUUGCACAUCUUGCUGUAUAGAAAUUAAGGAACAAUGUGUAGAUACAAUUGGUAAUUACUACAGGAUUAGGAUGUGAUCAUGAUUAUAGUUGACGAUGUGAGAGUAGGCUGAAGGGAUCAAGGUGACAUUUAUUAAGUUGCAAUCCAUUGUCAAUCCUUAUCUUCGAAUAAACAUACCAUUGCAAGUUUACAAUAACUAUUCGUCAUUGUGAUGAUCCAACGAAUAGGUGCGCAGGUAAUUCUAAGGAACAACAUUUGCAAAUUAAGUGAGUGAGUGAGUGAGUUGGGUUUAACGCCGCUUUUAACAGUGUUCCAGUUAUAUCACGGCGUUGCAAAUUAAGAGUUUUGCCUACAAUUGCAUGCCCAAAUGUAUAUACAUGCACACGUAUAUCAUAACUAUAUACACAUUGCACCCUUUCUAAGAUUGAGUAUUUGCCUCGUCGACUUGCAAUUAUUAAACAUAUUACUUGAACGAUGUACAUUUUCAUCGGUUACAUGCAUUAAUUUUCGACUUUCAUGAAUUAAUAAAGAA